ACCCGUCCCUCGACAACAGGUGCAUACGGUCAAAAUGUCUGAACACGGCGAAGUCGAGGUCGAGCUCCCCGCUGGGGCCUACAACACCCUCCCCAAGGAUGCUCUCGCCGAGCAGGGCACCGUCAAGCUCUUCAACAAGUGGAGCUACGAGGAUGUUGAGAUCAGGGAUAUCUCCUUGACCGACUACAUUCAGAUCCGCUCCCCUGUCUACCUUCCUCACACCGCUGGCCGCUAUGCCGCCAAGCGUUUCCGCAAGUCGCAGUGCCCCAUCGUUGAGCGUCUGACCAACUCCAUCAUGAUGAACGGCCGCAACAACGGAAAGAAGCUCAUGGCUGUCCGCAUCGUUGCCCACUCUUUCGAGAUCAUCCACAUCAUGACCGACCAGAACCCCCUCCAGGUCGCCGUCGAUGCCAUUGUCAACUGCGGUCCCCGUGAAGACAGCACCCGUAUCGGUUCCGCUGGUACCGUCCGUCGCCAGGCCGUCGAUGUCUCUCCCCUCCGCCGUGUCAACCAGGCCAUCGCUCUCCUGACCAUCGGUGCCCGUGAGGCCUCUUUCCGCAACAUCAAGAGCAUUGCCGAGUGCCUUGCUGAAGAGCUCAUCAACGCCGCCAAGGGCUCCUCCAACUCCUACGCCAUCAAGAAGAAGGACGAGCUCGAGCGUGUGGCCAAGAGCAACCGGUAAAGUGGGUUUGUUGGGCGUAUUCUCCGUUUAUGGUCCUGGUUCAUGUAUACUGGAGUGGACGGGGAGUUUCUGGGACUCAGUCGAUUUGCAUGCCGCUGCACGACUGUAUAUACCUGCAGACAGUCGCAGAAGGGAGCAAGAUCCAAAAUUUAUG